AUGGCACAAUGUCAUAGCUUUCUUCGAAGCGAAUACAUUGGUUCCAAAGAUCGAUUAAUCAAUAAAAAUCGAAACAAUAAUAUUGUUAGUAGUCGUGCAGUCAAGCCAGUUAGCGACAGUGAUUCUGCAGCUCUUAAUCCUGAUUUGUUCUUUCCACCACUUCCCGGACAGUCGAAUAAUGAUUUUCAUCCACAAUUACGUCGUCUUCCAUCUGGAAGCGACCCAUUAUAUUACUAUUCGUGGCAUAUUCAUACCUAUUUCUUUCAUGAAAAUGCCAAUGUAACUGCACGUGCUCUUGCUAUUCGAGAGCAGUUCAUGGGCUAUUUUAACAUUAAAAAAUGCGAAGGAAAUUGUUUUAUGGGUGGAAUAUUUGAUAAUUGUACACGCAUGUGUGUUUGGGAUCCAGUAAUGGGUGUGGAUGGACCACAUCCAUACGGACAAUGGGGUGUCUAUUUACCCAAUGAACUAUUGAUGGAUACAUUAUCAUGGAUGUCAACAAAUCAUGGUGAAUUCGAGGUUCUAUUUCAUCCCAAUACAGGAGAAAUGAUCGGUGAUCACGAUAGUCAACAACGAGCAGUAUGGAUCAAACAACAAGUACCCCUUGAUCUGGAUUUCCUCAGAUGGUUACAAUGCAAAUGGUUCGGAUGCGUUGAUAGUUUGUGA